UUUUGAGUUUUUUUGUAAAGGAGUUACAAAGUAUUCCGUUCUGUGUGAGAAAAAUGUGGAUCUUCGUUUUACUUGGUGGACUCUUCUUGCCAUUCGUGCUGGGACAAGGCUGCAAUUAUGAUCUGCAAGUUGGUACAACUGUUGUUAACAUCUCUUCUGGACUAGAUCCACAGUGCACGUGGACUGCCACGGCAUUUGAAGACUAUCGCCUCAAGCUAACUUGCGAUGUGAAACUUCCUGGUGGAAUAAACAUUGGAAUUGGGAAUUGUCUCUUGAAUUUCUUAACAAUCUCCGCGUCGGGAAAUCCAAGCUCCUCUGAUGGGACAAAAUACUGCAAUAGCGGAUCAUUCUCCGUACUCUCUGAUCUCAAUAAGAUCAGUCUUCAACUUUCAUCAUCACUCCUGGCCAAUAAUAUCCUUGGAAUCUCAUUCUCCUGCUCACUUCAGGCUGUUUUCAAUCCAUGCAGUUGCGGACACAGAGGGGUUCAAUCCCGUAUUAUGGGUGGACAAGAAGCUGGUGUCAAUGAAUUUCCUGCUGUAGCUGCUCUUAUAGAUCUCUCAAUCUACUCAGUACUAUGCGGUGCAACUUUAAUCUCGAACUGGAGGGCUCUUACAGCUCAAUCAUGUCUUAAUAACCGUCAAUUGGGUAGCAUAGCUCUGGUGGUUGGACAACAUGAUACCGACAAUAAUAAUCCGAACCGUAAGGCGUACGCCAUUGAAUCUGCUGCUUGCUACCAUGAAAACUGCAAUACACCUCCAAAAAUGGAAGAAGGAGACAUUGCUGUGCUUAAGACAGCGGAGGAAAUUCAAAUGAAUCCAGCAGUUAGAGUCAUCUGUCUACCAUACAAGUACAGGGAUGACACCCUGGCUGGGAGUGUUGUGGAAAUAGGUGGAUGGGGACAAACGUUCAAUGGGAGUCCAGAUUCAAAUGUGUUGCGAAAGACACAGUUGAAUGUAAUAAGCCCAGAUGAGUGCAAGCAAAAGUAUCCCAGCUUCACAUCAAAUGAUAUUUGCACCUACAAACAGGGAGCUAGCGCCUGUUCCGGUGAUAUUGGAGGUAGUCUUAUGUACACAGGACCGGGUACUAUUCGUCUCUACACUGUGGGUGUCAUUAGUUUUCUUGCGCAAUGUGUGGAUGAGGAAACGCUCAAUACACGUGUUGGGGCUGUUAUCCAUUGGAUCAUGAACGUUUCCCCUGAAAGUACCUACUGUAACAUUUAGAAAGGAUAGGUCUCACUGCAAAGUCCACCAACUAAAUGUUUGAUGAUUAUGGAUUGAUUUCUUCCAAGAUGUUGCUUAAUAAAGUAAAGGAAUAGCAAAAAAA